AUGAGAUCCCAGCGCGACUCGGCUCAACAGGUGCAACCAGUGGUGGAGAUUAUCAGGAUUAACGAGGCUGCGCACAGCGGAGACGGCUUGGAGGGCGGCAGCUUGCUCGUGAGCAAUCCCGCUGACGCCAUUGUUCUCGCAGAGGGCGACCUCCCGAGUCGUCUGUAUUCAGUGUGCGCGGCUUACGCCUUCGCCUCGCUCACGCAAACACCGACCGUCGCGCUGUGGCCCUCGGACGCACACAUGCCGCAUGUGCGCUUCCACCACCUCUUCUCGACUCGUCAUAGCGAAGAGUACAGUACCGCGGACAGCGCAGACGGGGUGUUCCUUUCUCCAUGCGAAUCCGCAGAACAGCAGCAGCAGCAGCAGCAGCAGCAGCCACAGCAGCAGGGCGGAAGCGAGCAAGCGGAGGCGGCUCCGUUUGCGCUCUAUAUGCCAGCAGAAGGCGCUGGGGUAAAGGUGGCAGGCGAGGAGCGCUCAGGAGCAGCAGCAGCGGGAGAGACGGCAGUGGAUGCGGCAGCGACAGGGGAGGAGAUAGCGGAGAUUUCAGUGUCGCGGUGCGAGUACGAGCGCGAGGUGGAUCUGUGCUUGGCGUCGCUACAGCCGUCCGCUGACGUGGCGAGACUGGUGGCGAAGGAGGAGUUGGAGGCGGUAGAGGCGACUGUAGCCGUGCACCUGGACGUGAGUGUGGGCGCGGGGGAGGAGGAGAGUGAAGGGGGGAGAAAAAGGGUGAAGAGGGAAACAGGAGAUUUUGACCUUGCUCCCCCCGGCUGUUCCGGCUGCGCCGCCGCCACAUCAGACGCCUCCGCCGCCCUCUGCGCCAUGCGCCGCAUCGCCAUGGAGUCUCUUAAAGACCCCUCGCUGCGCUUCGUCCUCGGCUCCCCCUCCCCCGCGCGCGCCGCCACUGUGACCGCGUAUUUCGACCCCCUGCGCGCGCCCCUGCUGCUCCGCGCGGGAGAGGAGCGGCGGAAAAACCGCGCUCAGGGCUUCCUCCCCAUCAACUCGUCCUCGAUAGAAGCGCGUUUCGUUACAGCACAAGGGAGGGCGCGGUCGGCGGAGUUUGAGGUGGCGCGGUCGGUGUGCGAGUCGGAGGAGGUGCUCCCCAUUCCGCAGCAGAAGUGGGCCAAAUUCACCUUCGUCGAAGGUACGCCAUGCUGGCGACUCACUUUCACGCACUAUGUCCCUUCCGUCUCCUCGUUCUUCUAUCUUGUUCCUGCCUUUCCUCCGCCUUCUCCUCUCUCCCCUAAGCCGUCCCCUCUCGUGCUGCCCCCCAUGCGAGCAGAGCGUCUGGGAAUGGCCUACUGCGGUAUUCCCGAGGUGGCCUCCACCACGUGGCUGCAGUGGAUUCGCGCGCAGAGCGGCCUGCCUUACACGGACAAGGAGCCGCUGAUAAGGGAGACGGGGCUGCACCGGCUGUCAGCCAACUUCACAGAGAAGGAGGCGGUGCGGCUGAUCUUGCGCCCGGGCAUGUUCCGAUUCACGUUUGUGCGCAACCCCUUCACGCGCGCCCUCUCUGCCUACCUCUCCAAGCUCGCCUACACCUCCUCCAUCACCGCCUCGCGCCGCGGCUCCACACAGUCGCCCAGGCAGCUCUGGGCCAAGUGUGGUAGCAGUACGAGGCAGCGUUUUUUCCGCCACGUGUGGCAGCAGUACGAGGAGGUGCGCGCGCCAGAGGGUCUGGUGACCUACCGUGCGUUCCUGAGGCUGGUGGGCGCACUCAUGCAGGACCACAGGGCCACCAUGAACCGCCACCUCUCGCCCCAGGUGGACAUCUGCAAUCUGAACGGCAUCAAGUACGACUAUGUGGGGCGCUUUGAGCACUUCAAGCGGGACGCGGAGACAAUGGCGGGCGAGUUUGGCGGGAAGCACCUGGACGUGUUUGAAAUCGACCCCAGCGCGCAUGUUGUGACCAACAGGAGUGUCGUCAAGUACUAUAACGAGGAGGCUUCUAAGCUGCUUAUGCAGGUCUACAAGAUGGACUUCCAUAUCCCUCUAAACAAUAUUUCUUAUUGGCCACCAAAAGCCCUUGAGAAGCCUAAGAACACGUCUCUUGCAUAG